CUGUGCAAUGACGUCACAUCAAAGAGAAAUCACACGCUCAAACCGAGAGUAGUACUGCCGGAAAAUUAUGUCAAAGAAAUGCGUCCGCCAUCUCGCAAAGGGCAACCAGUAGUUGUGGAAUUCAGCAUAUACGUGGUUGACGUUAAUUCCAUUAACGUUGAAGACAUGGACUUCAGAGUGGACAUGUUCAUCAGACAAACGUGGGUUGAAAGUAGAUUACAACUUCCCGAGGACAUUUUUGAAGAAGGCGACGAUCAUGUCACUUUACCUCCUGAGUUCUUCGACAAUCUAUGGCAUCCCGACCCUUACUUUCUUAAUUCUAAAGUAACAGAGAUCGCGGAGUUGACGCACAAGUUCUCCUCGGUGACUCUAUACAGGAACCAGACGGUGCGGUAUGCGGCACGCAUGCAUGCGAUUAUCGCUUGCCAGAUGGAAUUCCAACUCUAUCCCAUGGACAUACAGUCAUGUCCGAUUUACAUUGAGAGCUUUUCCUAUAGCAACCAAAAAGUAAGAUUCCAAUGGAGCGAAGCUGGGGUAACAAUAAACCCUGAACUAAAGUUAUUGCAAUAUCACAUUGGGGAGCCUUUGCGGUUAGAGGAAACGAAUGGCUAUAUGAUUGAUAAGGACGGUAACUUUUCAAGGCUGGUGGUCUACUUUAGAUUUGAGCGUCAAAUCGGUCACCACCUGAUACAGACCUUCGCGCCAUCCUCUUUAGUAGUUAUGCUCUCCUGGUUCAGCUUUUGGCUAGACUUGGACGCAAUCCCGGGAAGAGUCACGCUCCUGGUCACAUGUAUGUUGACUCUGGUCACUAUGUUCACCGGGCUGAGAGCUGAUAUACCACCAGUUGCUUAUGUAAAGGCUUUAGACCUCUGGAUGGCUGGUUGCAUGAUGUUCGUAUUCGCGGCACUCGCAGAAUUCGUAGUGGUCAAAGUCCUAGACAAGCAGUACCAGAUGAAUAAAUCUAAAACUCAGGAGUCGAUACCAAGAAUCAUUCCAGUGCGCCUUAACGGUGAAAAGGGCUCAUGUGGUACGGUAGCUGCAUGGGAAGGCAGUGGGGUGCGGUGCCGAAAGGUGGAUCUAACUUCGCCCACGUCUCCUCCCGCUACGACCCCAGUGGUCCACCCGGCCCCGGGUGCCCCCACGGCACACAUGGUCGGUGUCGAGAGGCGACAAAGCAUAUUACAGGUAGCUUGGGUCGACGCAGACACCGGUCAAGAGAGAGUGCUGUGGCGUGAGAUAGAUAAACUGUCCAGGGUUGUGUUCCCCGCGCUCUUCUUGCUCUUCGUGACAAUGUACUGGCCUGUAUUACUCUUGAAGACCAAGGCAUCUUCAUAACAAUGCGUAGGAUCAGCCUAAUAAGGUUUACGCAUUUCAAAACGCCGAGGUCUCUGGUAACCUUAGUUUAUCUAUUGGUCUGGUGUACUAGGGCCAUACUAAUUUUCCCAUUAUUGAGACAAAGACUCGUCUCUCGUGAUAGAGACUUAUGAACCUUUGACCUACGACGCUAUUCUAGUGUGGCUAAAGGGAUGUAAGAGGAAACCUUGGUGAAUUCAAACAGUGAGUGAUUGAUGGACUCAAAUAAAUUGAAGUUAUAGACUUGCAAUAGAAAUCGAAUCGAUGGCUGUAUAUGUUAUUAUCUUAGGUAGAAGUGAGUGUAGAUACAAUUCUUAUUAAAUUAAUUCACUGGCUACUGAUUAGAGGAUCCAUCGGUCCCAGGGGUAUCGAUGUGUCAAAUAGCGACUUAGAUCCGUAUAAUCAGCAUUUGUAGACCAAGAAAAGAGCCGCUGGACGUAAGCAAGUAGCACAAAACCGUAAUAUGUUGAGACCCUGCAUCGAAAACGACGUAACGACGAUAAGAAUUAAUGGCCUUAUAAUUGAAAAAUAUUGCUUUAUUUCAUUAAGGUCAAUGCAAUUUCUUAUAGAUAUUAAAUGUACUAGUAACAGAGUAUUUAUUAUUAUAUCGACUAUUGACAUAUUUUUAAGAAGAAAUUUGACGGCACUAACAGAGUUUUUAACGAUAACACUUUUGCCCCCUUACAAAUAAAGAUUGUGUAGCGGGUGUAUUGAGUAAUCUUGGUUUUAUCUGUUUAUCACCCCUACUUUGGCAAUUUUCAAUUUUAUAAGUAAGGGGGUUAGUUAAUAGAAUUAUGUAAGUAUAUUUUUCAUUGCCUUCAAAAAUAAAAUAACAAAUGCAUCUAAAUAAACGUUACUUAUACUUUACAGAUUUUCCAUUUGUUGAUGUC